AUGACUCAAAGUGAUCAAGUGAUCAUAGAUUCAAAUGAUCCACCAUUGAAUUGGAAAGAUGUUAAAGAGAUUAUUGAAACCAAUAGGCUAGAGUUGUUGAAGAGAUCUAAAUCAUGUAUGCAACAAUAUAGGGAUUUCAAGGAUGAUUUAUCUAGGAGAGGUAUAUCAAGGACUGCUAUAUUAUUAGGUGAUGAUCUUCAUUGGGCAAAAGUUGACUCUAAUUAUCAAAUACUGGAAACUUAUUUAAAACCUAGUUCUCCCAAAUUGCUGAACUCUGCAGAUGAUAUAUGUAUUAUCUUGAAUAGAUUUCCUUAUCAUUUCACUCCAGAUAUUGUUCAUUUGAUAGUUUGGACUAAAGUACAUAUUGAAAAUGAUGCUGAUAGUGAUAAAGGUGAUAUAAGUAAAUACACCAGAGAUUUGAUUGACUUAUACAUUGAUAAGACAUUUGUUCAAAACUUGGGUUUAUCUAGAGAUAAUAUUGUAUGGUUUAGAAAUUGGAGUGCAUUACAAAGUAUUAAGGACUUGUCACAUAUUCAUGUUUUGACUAAAGGCUUGGAUGAAGCCCAAUUGAGACAAAUUUUAGGUACGCCUGGGUGUCCAUUGAAUGAAGAAGAUUAUAAGAAAUUAAUUAAUUGA